AUGACCACCUUCUGUUCGUACGACACCACUUCUCUCUUCUCUCUUCGCUCGCAAGCCAUCCCAUCUCAACUUCUUCGCUUUCGCUGCGCUUCUGCAGAACAACUAAACCUCUGGGUUCCCACUGCACAACAGAACGAGCGCGGUCACACACAACCUUUCCCCUUCCACAACUACAUUAACGGAAUCGGGUUCAUCAACACAACUUCCGAUCACAUCACCAAGAUCUUCGCCGAAAUGUCUUGGGACACGCCAUCUGAAGAGCCUUGGGGCGUCGCUGAGGCGCAGCCCGAGUCUUCAGUCCAACAGAACAUGGCCUCCACCAUCAGUGAUGCCGCCGCCGCCGACACUAUCGCUGCUGAUGAGCUCAGCAAUGGAGUCACUGGUGAAACUUCUGCCAACGCUGCUUCUGCUCCUGACACCGAAUCGCGCAAAUCUUCCCUUGCCGAUCUUGCCAAUGGAGACCGCAACGCCGCCAUUGCCAACCUCGGUAAAGGCUUUGGUCCUCACAAGCUGCUCUCUCGUUUCGCCAGCACUAGCCAAACUUCCGAUGCUGAGUCCAAUGGCGUCGACUCAAUCACCAAUGGCCAUGCUCCUAACACUGAAGUGUCUGAGCCCGAUGGCGCAGCUUCUGUUAUGGACGAUUCGACCUCCGUGGCCUCAACCACCGUUGUGGCCACCAAGAAGGAAAGCACUCAGACUGCUCCCGACACAGAUGCUUCCAAGCUCUUCAAGGCUACACCUGCUAGCUCUAUCACUGAUGGUGACAAGCCUGUCAUUCAGUCUCCCGAUAUCUCACCCCGUACUGUGCGCAAGACACCUGGCCCCCAUCAUAGACUGAAGGCUUUGACCCAGGCUCAGGACGUUCCCUUGCCACAGUCUCCUGCUCCGGCUGCCAAGUCCAUCACCAGUGACGAAGGCCCUACAACCNCCAUCGCCUCUGCCAUUCAGCUUGAGCCCGUCAUCAUCCAGGAUACCCCACCCGCACCUCCUGUCACCAUCGCUGAUGGCAACGAGUCUGACACCUCCUGUGUUAUCAUCACCGAAUUCCCUAACUCGCUGUCUGAANAGGAGAAGAACCUGGAUCCCAAGGCCGAGGCAUGGAUUCCUGAUGAGGUCGUCGACCCUCUUCCUCCGUCCCGCCCCGUGUCGUCCACGAAUUCGACCAAGCACAUCACUCACGACUCUGAGGCAGUCUCUAUCAACGAGUGUUGCCCCGUUCCAGGAGAUUGGUCUGUGCCUACAAAGAUCGAAAGCUCUACCAACAGCGAUCUUCUCAAAGGUCCUACUGUUGGUGACGUCCACAAGACAGCUCUGUCUCAUUACUCCCACUACUUUGCUACUGCUUUCGCUUCAGAGACCUCGGUGAAGGAAGAGGACCUCGAUCGUGUCUUGAAGGACCCUUUCUUUGAUGUGCUCCACGGAUGGAUCUAUGGCCAACACAAACUGCGCUUCACGACCAGCAAUGGUGUCGUUCAACACAACCAGGACAUCGACCUCAAGGUUCUUGUUCAACUCUGGCGCUUCGCUGCGCGUAUCCAGGCUCCUGUCUUUGCCAACACUGUUGCGGAUGUCAUUGUCAAGAAGGCCAUCACUGCUGACGACAUCCUCAACGCUGCUGACGAGAUCGAUGCUCUUCUGCAGAUGAUCAGUGUCAACAACACCUUCCGCCUACUCAUCAGUCACAUGGUUAUUGUCCGCGGCAUUCAGCUUGAUCACGCUGCAUAUGAGACUUGGCCCAAGUCGCUUAUCUGGUCGAUCCUGAAUUGCUUGGAGAUGGGCAAGAGAACCCCUCCUGUUAUCCAGCUCUACUCUCAGACUCAUCCUUGCAUCUACCACCUUCACUCGUUGGGCCGUACUUGCAUGUCUAAGUAG